AUGGCAGAGGCCACAGAGGACCGCGAGGAGUGCAUUGAGAAAGUGCGGGAAAAGUUGGAGUUCCUGCUGUCACGCGACAACCUGCAGGAGGACUGCUUCAUCCAGAUGAACAUGGACUCGCAGAUGCAGAUCCCACUCCCGAUCCUCGCUGGCCACCAGCAGUUCGAGGAAAUGGGGCAAAUUGUAGACAUUGCUACUCUUUUCGAGGCGUCGCUUCGCUCCGAGCAAGUCAUUGUUGACAAGGAGAGUAUGCAGAUCAAGCCCGUCUUGAAGAGCAAGCGGAACACGGUCAUUCUCCACGAUCUUCCCGAGGCAAUUGCUGAGGAGGAGCUGCGACACAAGCUUUUGAGUGACGGUUCCACUGGCAUCAAUGGCCCAUGUCGAAGCACAGUCGGCAGCUCGGGCAUGUUGAUGACGAGUGUCUGGACAAAACGAGUCACACAGGCUACGGCAGAGUUUGAUGAGUUUGCUGCUGGUGAUCAUGUGCAUGUGUGGAGUUCCUCGGCCAAGAGGUGGUUUGACGACGGCGAGGUGCAGGCGAUUGCACCUGAUGGCUCCAUCACCGUGCGCUUCAACAAUUCUCGGCCGGCGUGUAAGGAGGUGCCCCAGCGCCAGGCUCACAAGGUCCUGCGUAAGCUGUCCGCGGCCGCCACGCGCCGCACUGAUCCGCGGGCCGUCCUCCGCCAGGCAAUUGGUACAGGCCUCGGGCCGCGUGACGCCAAGCGACGCUGCGAGAAGGUCUUCGCCCAGUGCGCGGCAGGUGGCCGGUCCGUCUCUCAGGGGAAUCUGAGCCAGUUCUUGCAUUCGCUGGGUCACGCCGCCCGUGCAUCACUGCUCUCUGCGCUUUUUGCGCGUUCCGAAGAGAAGGACGACGCUGUAGACUUCCAGAACUUUGCUUCCUGGAUCUACUCUGGACGCGGGCAGGCUGUACAUCUGGCUCGCGCGGCCAUUCAAGAGGAUCCUGCAAAAAGAGCAGAGGCUCCGGUUUGCGUCAGCAAGCCGGCUUACAAGGCGUUGAGCCCUGGCCGCAAGCGGAAGGCCGAAGCUCCGGCAAGCGCAAGCCUGGCGCAGAAGUGCAGCAGGCUCGAGGAGGCUCCUGCAAGCAAGGGAAAGCAGAUCUUCGAGGGAUGUGCUGUACUGGUCUGCGGCCGAGGAGGCACCGCCAUGUCUUCCACACGGAAGCAACUGCUAGAGGCUCGAAUUUGCGAAGCAGGAGGCUCUCUUCGCGAGUCCUGGGACGACGCAGUGACACACGUGGUGGUAGCGGGCCGAAUGCCAAGGGCCGUCUUGAUGCAGGACUACCCAGAUGCCAGACAUGGUCCUGGUUUUCAAGCGGUCGUCACUGAUGCCUGGGUCAGCGAGUCUCUGGUCCUACAACGCCGACUACCAGAGGGACGCUAUGUGUGGCGACCCUUGAUGGAGAGCGAUGGCGGUGUGCCAGCCAAGCAGGAAGGAGACUCCACGCAAUCGCUUAUCAAGAAGGAGAAACCUCAGGCACAUGUCCCCGUGACCGAAUGUGCUGGCGAGUCCGGGUGGGGUGUCUUUGCUUCGCCAGAUGACCUGCGUGCAAAGAUCGUGGAAGAGUUCCGCACCUGCGCUGCAGCUUGGGCAGUGCGUGGCGACAAGUGGCGCUCCUGGCAGUACAAGAAGGCCGAGCAGCUGGUUGCCCAGCUGCGCGGCACGUUGCAACGGGAGGAGCUCUCCCAUUCUGGGCUGACGGCAAAGUUCGUGCAGAAAUGCCAGGAGAUCCAGGAGAAGGGCUGCCUGCAGCAGGCAGAGGGUUUCCGGAAGGAUGCGGACGUCCACUCGCUGUUAGAGAUGACCAGGAUACACGGCGUCGGCCCUGCACUGGCGCAGACAUGGCUCAGGUGCGGUGCACGUUCGAUUGCAGAUGUCCGCCUGCGUGUGGAUUCGCUGCCGGGUACUGCCGGUGGCCCUGCGACUGGAUUGACAAAGGCUCAGCGUUUGGGACUGCGUUUCGUGGAUGAUUUUCAGGUGCCGAUCUCCCGCUCGGAGGUGGAGCGCGUGCACUGCGCUGUGCAGCGGGCCGCCGAGGCUGCCAACUGCCUUGCGACAGUGGUCCCUUGCGGUGCCUACCGCCGUGGAGACGUGCUAUGCUCGGGGAUGACGCUGGUGGUGUGUGUCGAAGGCGACGGUCCAGUGGAAUCCGAUGCUGCCGCAUAUCUUCUUGCCAUGGAGUCUGGCGGCGUGAUCGUUGCCGAUCUUAGCAAUAAUGCUCCUCACUCUCCGAAACCUGUCAGGGUGCCUGGGGAUGAUGACCCAACAGGCUCGGCCCAGGCAUGCCUCUGUGUGGUACGGGGCUCUCCCAUCGAAGGAGAGCCCAUGAGAUACAGGCGGUGCGACUUUGUGUUUUGCCGCCGCGCUGGCCUGCCCUUCAUCACUCUUCAGUGGACCGGAAGCGAUGGGGGCCUUUUCAACAGGGAGAUGAAGCGCAUUGCGGCACUCCGCGGACUCCACCUCUCGCACACUUACAUGUGCAAGGCUGAUCGAGAAGGCGCUCGUGGUCGCCAGGUUGGGGAGAUUUGUCGUGCUGGUGCCAAAAUGGAAUGUCCCGAUGAACGGGCCAUAUUUGCCGCCAUUGGUCUCUCGUACAGGCCCCCGGAACGGCGAGAAGUGGAUGCUGAGCUUCUGGCUGCAGUGGAAGAGGCCGCGCGCGAGGCCCCCGAGGCUCUCCGCCAGGUCAAGCUGGAGCUACAUGGCCUAGAGCCAAGUGAAAGCACCAGACUGUCAAGCUUGAAAUGCCCGAAGCAUUCGACUCGCCGCGAGGAGUUGCACAACCUGUUCGAGAAGUGUCCUGCAGCGGAGUCCCUGGUGUCGAUCAAGCCUGAUGUUAACAACACGGCUUUCGUCGCCUUCAAAUCCGACAUGGAUGCAACGGAUGCAGCUUUGUGGCUCAGAUCCCAGAAGCUUCGGGGGAACGCAGUGAAGUGCUCCAUCAAGUCGGAACAGUUUCUGCGCAGCUUCUUUCCGAUGCAGCCCAUGCCCGGCUUUCCGACCCAUGGUGUACCUCCGUGGGCUGCCGCGAUGAACUACCAGGUGUGGAAUGCCAAUGCUACCAGUGGCUGGGCCGUCGGAGUUCCCGGACAGCCCACCUGGAUGUCUCCAUCGCCUGAUGCGGGCAAGGAUGGAAAGGGCAAGGGAAAGGACGUUGCGGACAAGGGACUCUUCAAGGGCAAAGGCCUGAUGAAGGGUACCGACAAAGGCAUCGACAAGGGUGUGGACAAGGGCGGCGACAAGGGCCACAAGGGAAAAGGCAAAGGACCUGGCAAGGGCUUCGACAUGGGCUUUGACAAGGGGUUCGACAAAGGGUUCGACAAGGGAAAAGGCAAAGGCAAGGCUGAGGGGAAAUCCCGCUCCAUGAGCAAGGGAGAAGCCGAUUUUCAGGCUUUCCAGAGCCCGACCGACAUGGGCAAGGGCGCUGACACCGAUGACGAGAACCUGGGGUACCAGCAUGACUUCCGGCGGUACAGCAGACAGCAGAUCGUUGAGAUUUGCAGCAAGAUGGAAGUUGUGGACAAGCCAGAAAGCUACAAGAAGAUAGAAGCCAAGUUCCCGGACUUGGCACUCUUCAGCGACACACCCAACAAGGAUUGGGCACCGCUGCCAACUCCUGUCGACAGCUUCCUCGGUUCUGAAAGCCGCGGGACCAGGACUGGGACUGGCGAGGACAGCGACCUCGACGGAGCACCCAGGGGCCGUGGCCGCAAGGAGCGCGGCAGUCGGACAUCCCGUUCAAGGAGCGUGGAUCAGCAGCCCGAGACGCAGGAGGCCAGCCCAUCAGAUGACUGGGAAUGGAACGACUGGCAUGACAACUCUAAGGACGAGUGGUGGUCAGAGCGUUGGCACCACGCAGACGACUGGUAUGGCCGUGGCAAGAUGCAGUGGGUUGCAAAGACUGCCUCAGCAGGUGCCGCAGCCGAUGAGGCAAGCAGCGCCAGGCGAAAGCCUAGCUGGGCCGAGAAGGCCGCUGUGCCAAAUUUGCUCCAUCAGCAGCUCGUGCCAACCAGAGCCUCUAGACGCUCGGCGUAUUUUGCCGAGUCAGGAACCUGCUCCGUUGCAAGGGGCACCCUUGUCAACAGCAUGUGCUGCAAGCUGUCUGGACUCCGCAGACUCUGUGUGCAAGGCGGCAAAAGGUUCUGGCACGCAGAGGCACAGCCGUUACUUGAUGUGGUUGGUUUCAAGCUGCCCUGA